CGUGCGGCGUCUCUAGUAUAUUGCUGUGCUUUCAACCAAUCACGAAGCUUGUGAGACCUACCGGAUCUAGAGGGAGACUUCCUCCUGGUCGCAACGUGUGUUUACGCUUUUUACAAUCUGGUAGAGGUAAAAGAGGCUUAUCGUUGGGUUAAACGAAGUGUAGAAUGGGUCGUCGCAAGUCCAAAAGGAAGCCCCCUCCUAAGAAGAAGCUGACGGGGGACCUGGACACGCAGUUCACUUGUCCCUUCUGUAACCACGAGAAGUCCUGCGAUGUUAAAAUGGAAAGAACCAGAAAUACUGGAAUAAUAUCCUGCACCGUCUGCCUGGAGGAGUUCCAGACACCUAUCACAUAUCUGUCAGAGGCCGUGGACGUGUACAGUGAUUGGAUCGAUGCCUGUGAAUCAGCCAAUCAGUAGUCCUAGCAGGGCUGUGGACCUCUUGGUGAUGGGGGAGGAGGAGGAGACCGAUCGCGGGCCUGGGAUCGUCAAAGCAAGCCGAGUGCUGAUUC